AUGGGGGGGGAGAUUGCUAAGGCCCAAGAGGCGGACCCUCCUGUCAAGAGCUCGGGCCGUCUGACCGCCAAGCAAGCCCGGGUCGCAUUCCCAUUACCACUCCAACAGGACGGUGGGGUACAGAGGCGUACCUUCCAAUCACAAUUGGGCAAAACGCAGACCUCAUGCUUCAGUGAAGCCCCGCCCCCGUCGCCGCCAAGCGAGCAGGGAAGUGAAAAGCAGCGCAGGAGGAAGCGCCGCUCAUAUGACUGA